UAGGUAAGCAGCUUGCUUCUGUGUGCGUUAGUUUCUUCAUCUGUGAAGUACAGAGUGCUGCUUCUCCCUUCCAGAGAGUGCAUUACCACAGACCAGGGACCACUAAAUCAGCACCCCUGGGCCAUGUGGCCCCUGGGCAGGAUGGCUGCUGCCGAGAUCCUGGGUCACAAGGAAGGAAUGAAACCUGGGGGGUGGGGGCACUAUGCAAAUAUCUCAGUAGGUGGAGUGACAGCCCUGCCUGUGGGGCACGAAGCCUGCCUGGUAGGGUGAGUGGCCUCUGUCAGCUCGUGGGUCUCUGAACUUUUCCUAUUCAGGCAAGGUCAGAGCAGAGUGAAAACCCAGCUUGACUUCAUCACCACGAGCAGCAGCACACACAUCCUAUUUCUCCCCAAGCAUUUACUCGGGCCUGGUUACUGAUCAACCUGCUGCUGCCUUCCUCCUUGGGCAGCCUCCCUGGCACGAUACACUUCUAUUGUUCUGAGUAGGCCCUGGUCUUGGAAAGUGUUUGCACUUGUAAUUUGACAAUCAAGGAACCAGUGUCAUCUUCCAGAAAGGGAAACUGAGCUACGGAGAAGGCUGUGCUCGCAGGCCUCCUCCGAGACUUUCGGCCUCAUUCAGCUCCCUCAAUGCAAAAUGAGAUGACUGGCCCACAGGAGGGGAAAAAAACAGAAAGCCAUGGGAGACUGGAGGUGGAGGAUGUUGACCUAGGACUGAUUUUUAUUUUUAUUUUUUUUUAAAGACGUGUCGUCAGAGACAGAGAGAAUGGUAGCUCUCCCUUGCUGAGGUCCCCACAGACCAGAUUAUCUGUAACUGGGAAAAUAUAGCACAGAAGUGUGUGUGUGUGGGGGGGGUCGGUUUCAAUUGGCUCCCUGCCUUAAAUCUGGUCUGGCUACAACCUUGGGCCUCCCUGCACGCCCGCGGGGCUCCCUACUUCCCUCUGGUGGCUGUAGCGUAAAGCGCGGACCUUAGCGCAGGAAACCCCAAAACCCCCAAAUACCACGACCGGAAAGGCAGCACGGGUUCUGGGACCCGAGGGGCUGGCACUGGGGUAAAUUCCCAGCACACCUGUUGUUAUCACCGGGUCGUAUUUUCUGGGAAACUGAGACCCAAGGAAAGUGAGCAUCCGCGUACUGGUGUUGAGAGAAUCCCAGAUGUCAGAAUCACCGGCAUAGCCAGGACCCCUGCAACCUCUGAAGUCCCUGAGGCCAGCCCUGGAUCCUCGCGUGGCGGUAGUUUGGACUUAGUUUUCCUUCCAGCGCACGUAGGACUGGAGCGGAGCCUUAGGCUCCUAGGCGGAGGUCGCUGAGCCUAGGAGGAGCAGGGCGCGCCUGGGGGCGGGACGUGACGCACCUUGGCUGGGAGGCGCCAGCCCGGGCGCUCCGGCUCGCUGCAUAUAAGGGCGGUGUGGGGCGCAGAAAGCCAGAGCCUGCUGUUCCCAAGAGUCAAGCUAAGCUCGAGCGGUCUCAAAGACAAGCUCUUCUGCCACUCCCGAACCUCUGCCUUCUCUCGGCCCUGCGUCUGCUCCCGGAGCCCCUCUGCCCAAUGAAACUGGCCGCGAUGAUCAAGAAGAUGUGCCCGAGCGACUCUGAACUGAGUAUCCCUGCCAAGAACUGCUACCGGAUGGUCAUCCUUGGCUCAUCCAAAGUGGGCAAGACCGCCAUCGUGUCGCGUUUCCUUACGGGCCGCUUCGAGGACACCUACACCCCUACCAUAGAGGACUUCCACCGAAAGUUUUACUCGAUCCGCGGCGAAGUCUACCAGUUGGAUAUACUGGACACGUCCGGCAAUCAUCCGUUCCCCGCCAUGCGGCGCCUGUCCAUCCUAACAGGAGACGUUUUCAUUCUGGUAUUCAGCUUGGACAACCGCGACUCAUUCGAGGAGGUGCAAAGGCUCAAACAGCAGAUUCUGGACACCAAGUCUUGUCUCAAGAACAAAACCAAAGAGAACGUGGACGUGCCCCUGGUCAUUUGCGGUAACAAAGGGGACCGGGACUUCUACCGCGAAGUGGAGCAGCGGGAGAUUGAGCAGCUGGUGGGCGACGACCCUCAGAGCUGUGCCUACUUUGAGAUCUCGGCUAAGAAGAACAGCAGCCUGGACCAGAUGUUCCGUGCACUCUUUGCCAUGGCCAAGCUGCCGAGCGAGAUGAGCCCCGACUUGCACCGCAAGGUGUCUGUGCAGUACUGCGACGUACUACACAAAAAGGCUCUAAGGAACAAGAAGCUUCUGCGUGCGGGCAGCGGCGGCGGCGGCGACCACGGCGAAGCCUUUGGAAUCUUGGCGCCCUUUGCCCGCAGACCUAGCGUGCACAGCGACCUCAUGUACAUUCGUGAAAAGACCAGUGUCAGCAGCCAGGCCAAGGACAAGGAGCGCUGUGUCAUCAGUUAGAAGCCCCCAGCGUCGGCCACACAACCUGAGGACCUUUUUUGUUCAAAAGUCAAAUUGGACUCCUGGGCUAGCCCCACGCGCUCGGUGCCAUGAGGGCGCCAACUGGCCUCCUCCCUCGCUUCCUGCGACCCAGCCCUGCGCACCGGGAGACGCUGCCAGACCAUUAAGGGACAGUCAUCUGUUGUGAAAGGAAAGAGAACUGGCUAAGACUGGACUCUCUCGCCACUGAUACCCAGCUGGUGCCUGCCCUCACUUCUGGGAUGCCAGGACCCAGUAGAGGGGUACUUGGCAUUUUUCUCUGAGACCUGAGAAUGAGAGUGUGAAGUUCAUCAGCCUGUGAGACUUCUUGUAACUGUCCUGCCUGCUGGAGGGCCAGGACCAACAAGGCAUUAUCUUGUCUGUGAUUGGUGUUGCCAUGACAGCAAACUCUGCAAACUGGAAACUUUAGCGUGAGGUGGGGGGAGGGGGGUUUCCAAUCAUAGGCAAGAGACUUGUUUACAUGUGUGUGUGUGCGUGUAAUUGCUCAAAGAUAAGCCACAAAACUUGCACUUUAAUCUAGUUCCGGUGUCAAUAUGACAUGAACAAAAAUCUCUACAUUUCUAUUGUGUGAGGUCUUUAUUACUUUUUUAAUUUAAAAUAAAAUAAUU